AAAGAGGAGAGACGGGAGGCGUGAGCGGCGCGCGGGGCGCAGAGCUCCUCGGAUUGGCCGGGCCUCCGGGGGCUUCCGAUCGGUUGGGCGAAGAUGGAGGGGAGCCUCGAAGGCGGCGGUCUCUCGGGGCCCGACGGCCCCCAGACCAACGGGGAGACCACGCAGACCUGUAAGGAGAUGCAGAGCCGCGUGCAGGAGACCCUGGAGUGGCUGUCCCCGCAGGAGCUGCGCAAGUUCCGCGCCAUCCUGCAGAAGGUGGACGAGGAGCCGCGCGUGACCGCGCUGAAGCUGGAGCUGGAGGGCGGCAGCACCCGGGGGCUGGCCCGGCUCCUCGCCAAGCACUACCACCCGUGGGCCGCGCCGCGCGUCCUCAUCAAGGUCCUGCGGCAGCUGCCCCGCACCGACCUGCUGCCGCGCUGGCAGAGCGACCCCGCCGACGGCCAGGUGAUCCCAAGGAAAGCUCUAAAGAGAAGCUAUGACUGUGUGGACGGUGACUUGGACUGUUACGACCUGAGAGGCAGGCGGAACGCUUUCCUCAUGUGUGUGAAGAAGAACAGGCCAGGGUCUGACCGGGAUGUUGUUCUCAUGAAGGAAUGGCUUGGCCAGUGCCAGUUUGAAUAUACGUCAUGCAUCGACCCUGACAAAAAGGAGUUACUUGAAAAACUAACAUCAUUUCGUGAUGGAUUAAAUGAAAUUAAAGAUGAAAUUAGCUGCUGCCUUGUCACUCUUAUGUCCCAUGGAGAAAAAGGCUCUCUUAAAAUAAGAGAUGAUGAAAGAGUCAGCCUGGAAGAGAUUUUUGAAAUGUUUAAUAAUAAAAAUUGUCCAGCACUUAAGGAGAAACCAAAGAUCUUUAUAAUCCAGGCCUGCAGAGGAGAGAGAAGAGAUAGUGGUGUUGAAACAGAUGAUGAACCCAUGGACUUGGAUGACAUAUCAGAGAAGAAGAGGCUGCCCACGUUCAGUGAUUAUUUCAUCAUCUAUCCUACCCAGGCAGAUCAUGUUGCUUUACGGCACCCCCGCACUGGCUCUGUGAUGAUCGAAGCAAUGACUGAAAUCUAUCAACGGCAUGGAAAUAAGUGGCACAUCGUUGACUUUUUCACCAAAGUGAACAACAAGGUGGUGCACACGGAAUUUUUUCUACGCGAGGAACCAAUAAAAGUGUCGCUCGUCAUGGAAUCAACCCUAACUAGAUUCGUGUACUUUUGACGUCGGGACGGUUUAGGAAAUAAGGACUUCUUUAUCAUAGACUUUGUAAAGAACUGUGAGGCUUUGUAGCAUAGGACAAAUGAGUAUCAUUUUGUCUAAUUUUUGUCACUGGUUGUAUUUCUCUCAUUUGUUUUGUAUACGUAUGCUGUUUUUCUAAGAUUUAACUCCGCGUAUUUGGAGUUUGUAAAUAAUUAGACUUUUUUUUUUACUGAAUUUCUUACUUCCUGAACUGUUAUGAAAACAUGGAAGUCCAGCCCCCAUGUGUGUACUGUUUUAUCAAUGUACUUCUCUUGCUGAUCACCCCCAUCCUCUCCACUGUCAGUGUGGUGCCGGUGUUAAGCCUCAUCUUCUUGGCUUAGUAUUCAGGAACUGCCUUUAUGUGGUCUUCCUCUGGUCCCCGUUUCCCCAUAUUGCUGUCUGACCUUGGGUAUCUCUACUUGUCCUUUGUGUCCUUGAUGCCUUCAUGUUUUCUCCCCCACCCAUUCUCCAGCUUCCUCCUCGCUGCCUCAGUACCUUUGAACUGCUGGUUUCUGCCUGGAACACUCUGUUCCACACCAUAGGCAAGUCCCUUCUGUCCUUCCAAGUUUAGUUCAGGAUUCAGAGACCCUCUGCUUUCCUUCUGUAGCAUUGAACACUACUGUACUUACAUGACUGUGUCGUGGCUCUUAGUCUCUCUCCCCGUUCAGUUAUAAGCUCCAAGAGGCAGAGGCUAUGGGUCUUAUUCAUAACUGUAUUCCAGCUUCCAUCUGUGCCUUAAGACAGAGAGAAGCCCUGUGAGAAAUGUUUAGCAAGUGACUGAUGCCUGUCUUUUCAUUAUUUUAUCCGUUCCUCAGACCUCACCUUAUUACCUCUAUGCCUAUCUAGCCACAUGCUAGUCAUCCCCACCUAUGUGUCCCAUGGCCACUUUUAAAAUAUAUAUAUAUUGAUUUCAGAGAGGAAGGGAGAGGGAGAGAGAAAUAGAAACAUCAAUGAUGAGAGAGAAUCAUUGAUCGGCUGCCUCCUGCACGUCCCCCACUGGGGGUUGAGCCCGCAACCCGACCAUGUGCCCUGACCUGGAAUUGAACCUGACCUUCUGGUUCAUAGGUUGAUGCUCAACCAUUGAGCCAGGCUCCAUGGCCACUUUAAUCAGUUGGAAGUUAAGCUGUUUCCCCUAAGUCUCCCCUAAAUGCCCCCGAUUGUUAAUCCUUACACUCCUCACUGCCUACAGAAUAUGCUCCAGAUUUUCUUCGGAGAAUAUCCCAAGUCCUCUGCCAGGCCCUACCGACACUACCGGAGUGCUCCGUUUGUCCUGGUCGUGGCUAUUCCAGAUGAUCUGCUGUUCCCUCAGUCACCCCCUCACCAAAUGGGACUUGUGAUUUAAUGAAUGUUGACUGAACACUCUCAGAUACUUUAUGUCAUAGUUCACUCUCCUUCCCACCUGAAACGCCCUCAGUUCUGACUGUGCUUCCUCCAGAACACAUUCUCCAGGGUGCCUCUUGGGUCCCAACCCACUAAAAGGGAAAUCUGAAUGCAGACCAGUGUCUUCACAGUAACAAGCUGUGGAUUGGGCAUGGGCUUUCAUUGUAAUGAUGUUCUAACUUCCUAUGUGACGUGGACUGUGUUGGGACCUCGGUUUCCCCAUCUGUAGAAAAGGAGAUGUGGCCCAGCUGACUCAGAACUCUUCCCACUGGACCUCAGGGAACUUUGACUUCUCAGGGAACUUGCUCGUGAACAUCCUGCAGAGGUGACUGUUCCUAAACCCGGAGGUUCGAGAUGGCAUUUGCAUCCGACUGUUGGGCCUGCAGGAGAAGGCAGGUGGUUUGGUGAGGAUGCUGUGAAGAUUGACGGGAGCAACCCAGGAUUUCCAGGCCCAUUUCCAUUUCAGGGAUAGUUGUGUCCUUUUUGGUUAGUGUGAUUUCUUAAGCUUACAUACAUGUGACUUAAUUUUGUAACUUUAAUUUUUGCAUAAAACAUUAAAAAUGCCUGCUUGGUUCAUAAAUAA